CACUUCCCUCUCCCGACUGCUGGAUGCUGGAAGUAUAAAAGGGCGAGGCGAGGAGUGAACGGCAUCAGUCUCUCUCUCGCCUUCCAGCUCUUGCCUUCCUCCGCUCCCCGAGACUCGCCGCGCCGCCAACAUGAAGGUCCUCCUCCUAUUGUGCGCGCUAUUCGCCGCCGUCAGCGCCGCCCCACAGAGCCCCCGGGGAGAGUACGCGCAGGAAUACGGGCCGGCUGUCUACAACUUCGCCUACUCCGUGGACGCCGCCGACCCGUACAAUCAGCCGGUUAGAUUUGGCCACCAGGAGGGACGGAACGGCGCCUCCACAUCGGGGACCUACUACGUGCUGCUCCCUGACACCCGCUUCAUGACCGUCAACUACUACGCCGACGAGACGGGCUUCCACCCAACCUACUCCUUCGAGGGCCAGCCGCGCUACUACGAACGCUAAACGGACCUUGCCAACCCGACCCAGGAUGGAGCGAGCCACGUGUGUCCGCUGAGGCCUUCCAGUGUUUCCGUGGGUGUUGAGGCCGGGUCGUUGCUGAGGUUCUUUAGUCCUCGAGGGGAAGCACGGCCCACCCCUCCGUCACCUGCGUUACACCUGCUGGCUUAUCACACCUGAGGCCUUGAUUGAUUAGCCUCUCAGUGUCACCCGUGGCUCGCUGGUUAUCCUGUUAUGUGUCAUGUGUCGUGAGUCCUCCCAAAACUCGCCUAGUCAUCGUUACUCCAUCCGUUAUGCUGUUAGAUGUUUUAUUACAGAGCCUUGUAUUGUAUUUCUUUGUCACAGAGCCUAUAUUAUGUUAUCUUUUUUACUUACAUUUUUUACGCGAUUAUAUAUUUUUUCUAUUUUUUGCAUGAAUAAAUUUAUGCAUAUGUAGAA